CGUCAUACGUCACACUUUGUUUAUGUUCGAUUCUGUUUACAAAUUCGCGAGUAUCAUACUGUAAUAACUAUUCUAUUAGAAAUAAGCGAUUUAUUCAUGAAAAUGCAACAUAUGAGCUUGCUAUUUAAUGCUGUUAAGCAUUUACAUGGUGUGCGACGUUUUUCUACGACUGUCACAAAGUUUCGACCGCUAAAUGAGGUGCUCAAAACAGUGGAACCUUACUCAAAAAUUCGAAUUCGAUGCAACUGCAAUCUUGAUAUUGUUCCAUAUGAUUUGAUAGAUUGUCCUGAUUCCAAUCUUCUGAAAUUCACAGCAGAUAAUGCUUCUUUUGGAGUGAAUAUCGAUGUAAACGGCAGAGAAGUGAACAUAGUUGAUAACAACAACGGAUCGAGUAAAGCGAAUUGUACGUUAGAAAUUCCUGUGCAGGCUGAUUUGGAUAUAGUAAAUGCCGGGGAUACGUAUGUCUCGAAUUUAUAUAGCGAUAACAUACGAAUUGAAGCGGAAGGAAAUAUUGUAACAAAAUGCUUGCGGAAUACAACCAUUGAUUUGCGAAGCUCUAAUGGAAACAUUUCUUGCGAGGGAAUAACUCUGGCGCAAACUAUCAAAGUGGUCACGACAGGCAGAGGAGAGAUUUUGUUGGAUAAAUUGCAGGGUGGUGAAGUGGAAGCGGAGACCAACUAUGGUAACAUCCACGUGAAUUCAAGUUAUUCAAAUAGGUCACGCUUCAGCACGCAGAAUGGAGAUUUGAUACUGAAGAACAUCCAUAAAUUAUGCCAAGUGAAGUCUUGUGGACCAGGAAAGUUGAUCAUGAAUGGUUUUUAUGGGACGCUCGAGGCGGAAGUUGCCAGCCAAGAGGUGGCAUUGCAGCUUUCGGAAACCUUGGGUGAAUCUUCGGUUAUUGCCAAAUCUGCUGAAAACUUUGAUUUGGCCAUAAGCGAUAUUGUUAGUGAGAAUGCUGAAAUCUGCAUCGAAUGUGAUCAUCUUGCGAUAGACCCCACUCUAUCCGGUGGUAAAAAAGUUCAGACCAAUGAACCCGGUAAAACAGUUCUGGGAAAAAGAAACAGUGAAAAUAGGCUUAAGAUAGUAACCAAAGGAACUGUAUCGUUGAGGAAAAUGUCCUGGACCGAUAGUUUCGGAUUUGACAUUAGAAAUGAAGAAUAAACAUUGGCUAUGUGUACAACUUACCAAAAUUUGAACCUUUAUGAAGCUUAGGGAAUAUUAUUCCACCAAAACCAAUUUUUUCCUUGGUGGCUUUUCGUAUCAGAGGGAGUAUUAUAAGGUAUACUUAUCGUGAAUUUUUCAUGAAUUGAACAAAAGUUAAGAUUAAGAAAAUAUGGGAUGGAAAGAAAGAUAUUUGUGUAUAGUUAAAAUCAUGUUUGCCGUAUCAGUCACUUUUUCUGUUUUGCUUUUAUCUGAAAUCGACUUUUCAGAUAGAAAAAACGACAGAGUUCCAAAAAGUCAAUUGUGGGGAGGUGUCUUAAAAUUACAUCAAACGUCGAGAUUUAUUGUUAUCUUCUUUCGUCAAUACUACCUAUACAAUAAAUGUGACAGACGCCAUUGCGUUGGAGGAAUAA